AAUUGUGUUGAAUUGAACAGUUUAUUUUUUAUAAGCAAACAGAAGACGAUUUAAAUUGACGGUAGAUUUUAUUGCAAACAACAAAAUGUCGCAUCCACAUCAAAAGACAUUAAAUGAGCUUGCCCAACGAAUCAUAAAAAGGCUAAAAGAACGUGACAUUGAGGUGGAUGAGAAAUUUAUCAAGUUUAUGGUGCAUCUUUUGGUGCGGGACAUGCGACUUGGACUGUUGAAGACGGAUCUCGAGGAUCCCAGCAAGUGUAAGGUGCAUGUUUUUAUCGAAGGCAUUCUGUCAAGCUAUUCAAAUCCCAACGAUACAACGAUGGCCAAUUUGCGCAUGUCGUGGAUAAUGAAACACGGACAUGGCAUACAAUUAUCCUAUGUGCAGGAGAAGUACGAGCAGCAGUUCCAACAGGAACUCAGACUGCUUAUAGAUGAUAUUUUACGCUACCCGGAGACUUGCAGUAAACUGCAACUGGAUCAAUUGUUUGCCAAGAUGCAGGUCUUUAUUGUGGCCAGUUAUCAUCUGGGUUGUCCCAAGAAUCACGUGCUGCUCAAGCUGACGGCACAGGCCUUGAAUAGUGUGAUCGGACGCAGUGAUCUGCAAAACUAUGUGCUCAAGAAGAAGUAUCAUCGCCAGGAAUAUCUGCAAAGACUGGCGGCCACCGUGGCGGGAAUUGUCAUCUACAACAACGACGGACCCGAUGGAGAUCGCGAAAAUGUGCGUUUCGUGAUCAGCGAUCUUGAGAUGGCCCAGCAGAAUACAUCGGCUGCCUUUGAUAAGAUUCUGGAGCAACUAAAGAUAUUGAGUGGCAAUUGCCAGACAGCAAUCAGCGAGCAACUAAAACUCAACAACGAGGAGACAAUGCUCUAUUAUCGAGUGCCCCUCGAGCAACUGCAGCGGAUUAAUCAGUUCACAAUCACAUUCAUAAUGCUGCGACGUUGUCUGACCGCAUUGAAGCAAAGCUAUGAGCAUACCUCGUAUCUGGUGGGCGUGGAGAAGGAUCGCUACGACUGUGUGGUGGCCAAAAUCAACGAUACGCUCGCCAUGCGCACUGCCAUCGACUCGGAACUGAUCUUUCCGCACUUUGUGUACCUUUCCAAGGUGUGGAGCAAUUUAAAUCAUUACUUCAAUCACAUUGUGGAGCUGAACAAGCUGCGUGAGCAGCUGGAGCUGCAGGUGCCACAAUCAAUGGAGCAUCGUGUGGACGAGAUCAUUGCCGAGAUUCAGGUGAUGUCACAACGUCGCAAGGUGCCACAUCAACGCAGCUAUGCGGAUCGCAUGUCAGCCUUGAAUGAAUUCCAUACGGAUGCGAAUUUUUGCAGUCUCGCCGAAGCGGAUAUCAAGGAGUUUUGUGGCCUCACAUUGGCGGUGACAAAUGGUCUGUUGUUGCCGGCAAAGGUGUUGCGCAAUCUCUGCAUGAAUCUGGACAUCAAAUUUGGCUUUCAGGAUCAGACUUAUGCACGCAUUGGUGAAUUGUGGUUUGAACGUUUUAUAAGCGCCUUUAGACAGGCUAUUUUUAAUAGCGCCAAUCUUUGUCUGCUGCUCAAAUUGGAUGACAAACUGAUUGCCAAGGAAAUGCAGUCGACAGUUGUGGAGCCGCCAAAGAAACUGGAUUUUCAAGGGCAAACGGAAUUGGUAAUUGAAAAUGAUUUAUCGCCUGCCAAUUGGAUAAAUGUGACAUGGAAUGCUUGGGAUUAUCAUCGUGAGACAAUUCAUUUGGCCCAGAUACGCAAGUGUCAAACUCGAGACGCUCAAACCAAGGUCAGUUAUGGCCAACGUAAUGCACAGAAUCAGGCCUACAAUACACGUCAACAUAUGUGAGCUGAAUCCUUUGGUAGACUUGCCUUUCUUCGACUGCACAUUGUAGACGCCCAGCAAAUGAUUGGCAAUGAAAUAAAUGUAUUUAUCCUGCCA